AUGUUUGGGCGUGAUGAAGAUGAAGCGGCAAAGAGAUUUAGUGAAUUACUUCUGGUGAAAAUGUAUUGGAGGCAAAUAGAAGAUGAGCGGCAACAUAAGUUAGUCCGUUCAGAUCUAAUUGCGGAAUUUGAUGCAGCAGUUGGUGACAUCGCGAUAUUAUCAAAUCGAUGUGAAUAUGUAGAAUUCAAGCACGCUCAUACCGAGACAGGACUAGUAAUGGUAGUGCCAGUUCUAUGGCAUUCAAGCAGAGCUUGGCUGUUUGUGAAGCCCUUCACAAAAGCCACGUGGUUUCUCACAUUUUUCAUCAAUGUCUUCAAUGGAUUCAUCGUAUGGAGUAUUGAGCGAAAUUACUGCUCUGAACUAAGAGGACCAGUUCUGAACCAAAUAGGCACUCUACUUUGGUUGGCUUUUGCAACACUGUUCUCAUUACACGUUGAGAAAUUACAUAGCGAUUUGUCGCGUAUGACGACAGUGGUAUGGCUUUUUGUUGCUCUGAUCAUCAGACAAAGCUAUACAGCCAGCCUUUCGAGUGUGCUCACAACGAAAAAUCUUAAACAGAAAAUAGCAAAUAUUGAGACACUAAAGAGCAAUAACGUGGUGAUUGGCUACUCGUGGAGGUCUUUCGUUAGGGGAUAUUUGGAGGGUCCUUUAGGCUUUAAAUCAAGCAACAUCAGGAAUUUCACGUCAACAGAUGAGUAUGUACAGGCUCUCUGA